AUGGACGAUAUGCAGAAGGAGAUUUGGCAUGAAAUGGUUUCGACAAUGAACCAUGCUCUAUCGAAUGAUUGUAUGAAAGAGAUGCAGGCGCGAAAUGUGUUAAAAAUACGAUAA